AUGACAUCUUUAACAAUCCCAGAUGAAUGCAGCGAUGCUUAUUAUACAGAAGACGCAACUUACGAGAUUCAAGAAAAUAAAAAGAAAUGUAUUUUCGUAACUCCAGGCUUCUUCUUUGGCACAGACCUUCGCGUUGAAGCCUACUGGCAGGAAGAAAACCAAAUUGGCUCUUUUAACUACUUAGGUCCAGCAAAAGCCGGAAGCAUUGUAAAUAUUAACUCGAAAGCAUAUGUCAUUCUUCUUUCUCCUACAGCCCAAACUGUUAAAUACUUCCCAGCAUCAACUCUCUCCAAGACAACAACUUCAGUAACAGGUUCCACUCAGAAAGUUAAUACAUAUUUCAGCUCAAAGACCGUUACUGAAUAUAAUAUCUCCAUUAAGGCUUCCAAGAAUUCAACCAUAUCAGAGGAACUGUUAUUGCUCGGAGAUGAAGUGUCUGUCAGAAAUAAAAAUUUACAGGCGACAAUCAAUGAUAUCGAUACCCCAAUUGAGUCCAAUUCCUUCAGAAAUGAAAAGAGCGGAUCAUUCAACCGCGUUUCUUUCGGAAAUAUCCAACUUGCAAAUGAAAAAUCAAAUGAAGUCACCAUCUACCAAGCUCAGAUCAGCGCUACCCUCAAGUCCAAGUUAGGAGUUCCACAGUUCGCCGGAAUUAUCCCACAGGCUCCUUCAAUUGCCACAAUUAAAGAUGUUGACAACUCCUACGCGGAAACAGUCAUCACAUCACCCACAGAAUCAGGUAGCUCAACAUCAUCACCAUCAGAACAGACUCAAAAGCUCCCAGUUGAGAUAAUUAUUGGUGGCGUAAUCGCACUCGUUGCUGUUGCUGCUUUGAGCGCUGUUAUUAUCAUCGUCAAUAAGCAUAACAAGAAGCAGAUCGAGGAUGUCGACCAAGAAUACUCUCAUUCUGCUGAAUCUGGCUCUUCAAACCAAUCAAACACAGAAGAUUCAGAUUAUUCUAAGUCAGUACUCUCAUACGAGUCAUCAAGAGGCGAAAUCAGCAUCGAUGACACUACCAAUACUUCAACAAUUCAUGAUGCAACAGCUACAAUGGGCGAUACACCUCUUCAUUAA